AUGGUGGCGGGAAAAUAUAAAUAUAAAACAUUAAUUUAUUGUUUUAUUUUUUUGCUACUAUUUAUCACACGAUCUUUUGGAGGUGUCAUUAUUAAUGUCUACAACUCACUUGCAGUUUUCAGUAGUAAUACUGGACAAUGUAGUGGAUCGUAUACUCUAACACUUGCCUCAAAUGUAUCUGAUGUAUCUCAAAUAACAGGAACAACAAUAACUUUUAUCACAAGUUCUUCUCUUGACAAAUCUUUAUUGAGUACUCCUGUCAAACAACUCAGAGUCGAUUAUUUAAUGAAUGGAGGCGUCACUUCAAAUUCUACACUAUCUCUAGUGUAUGAAGAUAGGACAUCUAAUGCAUAUUCAGAAUCAUUUAAUAUUUAUUUCAAUUGUAAUCUAACAUUACCAAAUAUUAAAUCAGUAGUUAAAUUACCAACAUUUACAUUUAAUAAUCAAUUGAGUAGUUAUUUGUUGGAACUGGAUAACACCAAUAGUUCAUUCUUUUAUCGGUAUCCAAAGAUAACAGAUGCCUUUAGUUGUUCCACCAAUACAACGUUGAUAAGAUGUGUGGUAGUUGAUCAAACACCGCCAUACCUAAAGGUACAACUUAAUCUUGUAUCAACGGGUCUCAGUGCACAAGCCGAUGAUUACUUUCUUGCCUAUAGUCAACAACUGAUAGAUCCUCUGAUACUGUAUCUAAGCUCACCAACUGGAAACUCUCAAACAAAAACGACAGCACCUGCCUUUAUGACACCAUCUUGGCAAGCUAAUUUGAAUGUUAGGAGUGCCAUCUAUCCAUUAGGAUCAGAUCCCAACCCAACAACAGCCAUCCUAUCAUCAACCGAGAACAUCUUGUUUAUUACAAAUACAUCAAGAGAUACCAACCUAUUAUACUUUGCCGUCUAUGGUCAAGAACAAGUUACCUUUAAUAAUAGUGGGUAUAUUCCAAUGUAUGGACCACUCUUGUCGGAUGGUUCAACAAUGAAUUAUAUGCUCAUUAUGCCUCCACUCAAUAGUUCUUGGGCAUCUUAUCAUAUGAUUUUAGAUGCGUAUACAAAUGCGGUCAUUACCCCCACUCGUAACUACUCGAUGGCUACUCAAGUACCACUCAAUUAUUUUAAUCAAACUUCAUCUCAACUAAACAACACUUAUUGGGUAUUUGGUUUCAAGACUGAUACACCAUGUAAAGAUUCUUUUCAAUUUGGUGAUAUGAAUAGUGGAUUAAUGUCUUUAAAACUACCACUUCCAUUUGGAUUGGUCAACAAGACCGAUGAUUCACCCACCUAUGAUACAUUGUUUGCCGUACCAAUGCUCUACAAAAACUCUGUUGCCACUCAGAUGUAUUGUAGUGAUUUGGGACUACCAACUCGUAACACUCAGAUACCUCAUCCAAUUUAUCCGGCUGGUAAAAUUUCCAAUACAAGUGUUUUGUAUUUAGAUAGUUUCGAGGUAGUUCCAUUCUCUUUCAACUCUAUGUUGCUUCGAUUCAGAGUCGUAUCAUCCAAUCAAUUUAUGCAAAUAUCUAUUGGGCGUCAAAAGGAUGUAUUGGUCACUUACAAGGAUAGAAUGAAUGGUACCAUCUACGAUGGAUCCUAUGAAGUUGAAAUAACCUUUGGUUACCUCGACUAUAAGGGAAGAAGUAACUAUAGUUCCUAUUUCCCAUUCACCAUCUAUGAUGUAUUGUCCAAUUCAUUUGACUAUCAUCAAGGCGAUCCAACUCAAAAGAAUUCAAUCUAUAUUCCACUAGAAGAUACAAAUAAUAUCUUUAGUUUGAAUUCCUUUUCAAACUUUGGUUUUGCCACACCUACCAUCAAUCUUGAUACCUUUGUAGGAAGUUCAACCAAUUCAAUUGGAAAUAGAUUAACAUUUAUUCUAAAUCCAAAAAAUGGUUCCCAAAUUCAUAAAUCAUUUGUUCCAACAUUACAAUUUAAUCAUGGUCAUGGAAACAUACAACAAUUCCAAGGUUCAUUUGAUCCAGUCCUAUCAAAAGCUACCAUUGACUUUUCAGUACCAAGAUAUCUAGCUCCAGGUGUACUCUCCUAUUCUCUUUUCCUUCCAUAUGAAUUCACAUUUGAAACUUUAAAUAGUAUAUUACCAAAUGCUAAACUUUUAAUAAUUAAUACUAUUACAAAAAUUGAUCAAUUACCACCAUAUAUUAGUAGAGUAUCAAGAAUUAUGGAUGAAACACUUACAUCAUAUACAACUCUUAGUUGGAAUUUUACCAUUAUUGAUGAGUAUAAUGGUUUUGAUGUAGGACAAGUAAUAGUACAAGGUGAAAUGGAUUAUAAACCAUUUAUAUUUGAAUUAUCUAGUGACACUUUGGUAAAAGGUGAUCGUUACAAUGGUACUCAUCAAAUUAUAAUUAGUAUUCCCAAACCUUGUUUCCCUGGAAGUUAUUCAAUCAUCGACAUGGAACUCAUCGAUAGAGGAGGCUAUGUUUCUAGAAUGAAUUCACCUCCUACCACAUACGAGACAAAUGAUCAAAGAAAGGGUUAUUAUCUUGACCCAUUCUAUGGUUUUAUUGAUCUGCGUUUGGAGAAUCUCACCACAAGUGAUAUCUUUUGUAGACAGUUCCUUGAUCGUGUUGCUCCAACAUUGAUAUCACUGUCUAUAGUCGGACCACCAACCAUUGAUACAGGUAGCUCUGCCAGAUCAUUCUCUGUCAAUUUACAAGUAGUCGAUACUGUAAUGGGAAGUGGUAUAUCUCUUAGAAACCUCCCAAUCCUCUACGUUACCACACCUCUCUAUGGUUUGGAUACUAUAGGUUAUGAAGCACAACUUUUAUCCUAUAACUCUGUAACCACUAUUGCCAACUAUACUGUACCAAUCACUCUACCAUAUGGUUAUGGUGCAGUAGACUCUAUGAUACAUCUAUCAGUUUAUGGUCUCGUAGAUCAGUUGUUCAAUUAUCGUGGAUACCCAUCAACUCUUUUACCUACAAGUACUGUCAAAGUUACCCGUUCAAUCAUACCCAUCUUUGAAAAUUACUAUUACACUCAGGGUGAUAAAAUUGUAGAUAUUACUAUUAGAGGAAAGGCAUUUGGAGAUCCAAAUAGUCUACCUGCCAAUUGUACUAUAUCACAUCACGACUUUGCACUUAAAUACUAUACUGCCCCACUUGCUCAGGGCUACACCUUUUUAGUAUUUACAUAUGAUUUAUCGAUUGGUUCAAUGUCUAUUUCUUGUACAUUUGGCUCACAAUCUUCCAAUGCAUUGGCUAUCAGCUCACCCUAUCCACCAAGCCCAACCAAUGCUCCAACCAUUGCACCAACCAAUGCACCUGUCAUUACUUGUCUCAAUGAUUGUUCGAAUCGUGGAACUUGCAUCAGUUACAAUAUCUGUAAUUGCACCAAACCAUACAAGGGUUCCGAUUGCUCUCAAAUCGACUCUGGAGGAGGUCCACCACCAGUCGACAAUAAUCACCCCACCACCAACUAUACUAGUAUUGGGUCGGUGAUUGAAAUUGUUGCUAUUGUCGAAAAGACUGUUUUCGGUGACACAUUUGCCUACCAUUCUCUCGAAGGUAAUACUUCUUGGGCCUACUCUAAUGCCACACUACCAACAGAUGUCAACACAAAGUACAUUUACUCUCAUGCUAUCAACAACUCUUUGUCUACAUUGGUCAAUGUAACCAUCCAAUGGUUUAAUGAACCCACAUCAUUUGAGUUUGCCGGUCAAACCAUUAUCAUGGAUCAAUCGACUGCCAAGUAUUCGAUCUAUCUUGACAAAUAUCCAUUUGAUCAAAUGACCAACAGUCUUCAAGUUAUUAUGAGACUGACAGUCAAUGGCCAACAAGAUGAUGGUUGUGCAUCUAUCCAAACAGACAAUGGACAAAGUACAGACAAUAUAAAAUGGAUAUCACUUCGUGUAAAUGAUAAGAUUCUCUACACCAACUUUGCAACAUUGGCAGAGGUUGACAAUCGUAAUAUCUCUAGUAUUCGUAGUUCCCUAUUGACCGAUAACCUUGAACCUCCCACCAAUGACCAAGCCAGUACCAUGGUUGCCAUCAACGUUCCACAAUUUAGUCAAUACAUCAUUCUAGACCCAGAUAUAUCUUUCUUGAUUGAUCCAGAUGGAGGCAAAGGAGAAGGAUCAUUAUCUAAAUGUUCGCCAUCAAAAGAUGAAGGAUUAUCUACCGUUAAAAUCAUUGGUAUUGCUGUUGGUGCAGGUGUAUUUGGUCUUUCAAUGGCUGCUGCAGUUUCAUAUGUUUUAAUCAAGAAAUACAAACUUUUAAAAGAAAAGAAAAACAUGGAUUAUAAAUUAAAAAAUGUAAAUCAUAAUUAUGAUGAUUAA